AUAAAGAAUUCACAUUAAGGGUACACGUGUAUACAUGCACAAAUUUUACUGUUAAAUUGUGCAAGCAUAAGAUAGUGGGUCAAUCUACCUUUACUGGGUGGGAUUUAAAGUCAAUAAGGAAGCAAAAAACGUUUAUCUCCCAACCUUCCGAUGGCUGCCAUGACACUUAAAAUGUUAAUGCAUGAUUCCUCAUAAAUAAUAUGGCGACCUCCCUUCCAGUCACAGCCCAGCAUUAUUUGGAAUGUGGUACUGAAGACUGUGAAAAGAACUGCCAGUUUUACUGCAAUCAUUGUCACCAACCAAUGUGUGAACAAUGCAGAGAUGAACAUCAGAAGAGUCCAGAUACCAAGAACCAUGAAGUAGUUCCCUUCCUACAGCGCAAACGCCAUCUUCCUGUGGACAAAUGCAAGCUCCAUCCAACUCGAAAUGCAGAUAUUCUAUGCAAUGAAUGCAACAUUCCUCUAUGUUCAAAGUGCACAACCAUGGAGGAACACUUCGGCCAUAAAUUUGUUGAUAUGGAGGACAUUGAUGCAGAAAAGUUUGCAUUUUGUUUAGAAGAAAUCUCAAAAAUCCAAGAAUAUUUCCUUCCAACAUCAAAAGAAUUGAAAACAGAGACAGUUGAAGAUGGCAGAGAAGGAAAGAAAAUCAUGGAUGGUAUUAAAAACUCCAUAAAGGCAGAAGCAAAGCCUCUGAAAGACCUGGUAGAUAAGGUGACAUCUGACAAAUUGGAACAAGCCAAUACCAUAGAAAAGUCAUUACUUACAGUAUUAAAACAACAGGAAAAAACAUACGAUGAUUACAAUAAGUUUCUUGAAAAACUUUUAAAAGAGUUUCAUGGCUACCUCCCUUUAAGCAAUUUCAAAGUUUUAUUAUCUGCAAAAUUUGAAAAUUCAAAAAUCCAAUCUAUACCAGAGACAACUAAACCAGUCCCACCAGUGUUUACUGCUGGUCAAUUUACCUAUGAUGAAGUCAGCAAGUUACUUGGAAAUAUAGAUGUCCCAAACAUUAAACCUGAUAAAAGGAAAAUAAAACCCAUGGCUACUUCAUCAACACAGUUGAAACCUACAGGGAAAGAGAUGAAGCAAGAUAAAGAGAAAUCAGACGUGAAACAAACACUGUCUCUGUCUUCCUCUGUCACCAAGGUCAGGGAGUACAAAGUACCAGGUGUUAAAAGUGUAUGUCAUAUAUCACUGGGUAAAUCAGGCAGACUCUGGGCCAGUGAUGAGCGUGGUAACAUUGUCCAAACAGAUCUAGAAGGGAAUCUGCUACAGAAGAUACAAAACACUGGUAAAGUUGAAGGCUACCACACAGUCACAUUGGGCGGGAAUUUGAUCUAUACCGACAGAAAGAACAAAGUCAUCAAUAGGAUAAAACAGGAUAAUACAAUCAUUGAAUUUAUUAAAACAGGAGACUGGACACCACUCAGCAUACACUCCUCCCACAUCAACGGGGACAUACUGGUGGGGAUGAUUAAGGGUAGAGAGGCUAAAGUCACCAGGUACAACAGGACAGGGGAAGAAAUACAGAACAUACAGAGAAAAAACAAAGGACAGGGACUGUAUAGUUAUCCACACUACAUCACAGAAAACAUCAAUAGUGAUAUCUGUACAUCAGACUCUAACAAACAAGCUGUAGUGGUGGUGAAUAAAUCAGGACAACACAGGUUCUCUUACACAGGUCAGGGGUCAAAGUUUUCUCCCUAUAGUAUCUGUACUGAUCUCCUCGGUCACAUCAUUGUUUGUGAUGGUUAUUUUCUGAAAGAUAACACAGUUAACACCCUGGAUCCAGAUGGUCAUUUCUUAUUUUUACUAUUCACACCACAAAAAGGUAUAGAGCAUCCCUGUGGUCUGUGUGUAGAUGAUGAAAACAAUCUCCAUGUGGGACAAGAUAUCACCAACACAGUGACAGUGUACAAGUAUCUACAGUGAUUCUCUCUAUAUAUGUCACACAUAUCAGGCAUCAAAUCUGAAUAAAUGUAAUCUUUCUAGUAUAAAAAUACAUCAUGUAAAUAAGCUUAUUCUCUUAAAUUGUUCUGUAACUUCUAAAAUCUUCCAGACCAUAUUGUAUACCAGUAUCAUGAGUGUAUACUUUGUUCUGUUCAUUUCUUUUAAAUGCAAUAGUUUUUUGGUACAUGUACAGUAUCUCUAUAAUGUACAUUUUCUAUGAAAAAAUAUUUUCAGUUUUGAGAAUAAACAAGGAAUUCUUAUAUAUGUGUCAUAAAGAGUUCCUAAAUGACAUAUUCCAUUACUUGUAAUUAAAUUAAUUGCUUUGUUGUUU